UUAUAAUACAAUUUUAGUUCUGAAGACAAUGAAUAAGGUGUUUAUAAUAUAAUCUCCGGCUUUAAAAAUGUUUAACAUUCUUAAAUAUCCAUUCUGUAGUUGGUGCACUCGUAGCUAAUUGAGCUAUUUAGAAAUUGCCAGCCCGGAUACGUAGGCUACCCUUGUCAGAAAAGUAGCAGUGGGUAUGUGAUGUUAAAUAGCCCUGUAACGCCAAGACAGCCAGUUACAUCUUUCAUUUUACUUUCUUACAUUUCUUGGGUGCAAUGAAUCACAACAGAAUCGAUGUGAUACCAAAUGAAAGUCUCAGGCACAUACCGUGCCCUCCAUAAUGUUGACCCAUCAUUUAUUUGACUCUACUCCACAAUUUCAGAUUUGUAAUAAAACAAAUCACGUGGUUAGAUUGCACAUUGUCAGAUUUUAAUGAAGGGCAUUUUUGUGCAUUUUUGUUUCACCAUGUAGAAAUGACAGCAGUGUUCAUACAUUUGGUCUUGGGAAGUUCCUUUUUUCCCGCUUUGCUCUUGCCAUCACUCUAUUAGUUCAUUUUCAUCUCAUCCGUCUACCAGACCUUUUUCCAGAACUGUGGUUGAUCUUUUAUAUGAUUAUUGGCAAUAAUAACCUGGCCAUUCUGUGAUUGCGGCAAACCAGUGGUUUGCAUCUUGCAGUGUAGCCUCUGUUUUUCUGUUAAUGAAGUCUUGGGCGGACAUUGGUCAUUGACAAAUCCACACCUGACUCCUGAAAAGUGUUUCUGAUCUGUUGGACAGGGAUUUAUUUUUAUUAUGGAGAGUAUUCUUCUGUCAUCAGCUGUGGAGGUCUUCUUUGGCCUGCCAAUACCUUUUUGCGUUUAGUAAGCUCGCCAGUGCUCUCUUUCUUCUUAAUUAUGUUCCAAACAUUUGAAUUUGGUCAGCAUAAGGUUUGGCUGAUGUCAGAAUGUGAUUUUGUUCUGGUUUCUCAGUCUCAUAAUGGCUUCUUUGACUUUUAAUGUGCAACAGCAAUAAUAGUUUCCAAAGGUGAUAAAUAAGACUAGGUACUGAAAGCUCUCUUAAUACCUGCAUAAAGGAGGCAACUAAAGCCAUGUGUUCCAAACAUUAGAAUGUGCAAACGUGUCUCUCAAUACCUUAGUAAUGCAUGGUAAUUUGUGUUUGCCUGGUUGCUAGGAUACCGUUAACAGCGCUGGGGUUACACUUGCACACCAACGUGGCUUUUGGUUUUGAAAGAAAGUGGAAAUCAAACAUUUAAAAUGUCAGACAACGAGGAAGGCGAUCAGGUACCAAAAAGUUCGUUUUCUGCAUAUGUGGCGGAAGGCGACCAGCUUUACCUCAAAGGCGAAUACAUCAAAGCCAUUGAAAUUUACACCACGGCUUUGGUAUUGCAGCCGGAUGAUAAGAAUUGUUUGGUGGCAAGAUCCAAGUGCUAUGUGAAGAUGGGGGAUUCCGCAAACGCUUUGAGGGAUGCCGAGGCUUCCCUUAACGAAGACAAAGAAUUUUUCAAGGGCCUCUACCAAAAAGCAGAGGCUUUAUACACAAUGGGAGAUUUUGAAUUCGCCUUAGUAUUUUUUCACCGAGGACAUAAACUGCGUCCAGAGCUCCAGGAGUUCAGGCUGGGCAUUCAGAAGGCUCAGGAGGCUAUUGACAACUCAGUUGGUAGCCCUUCAUCAGUGAAGUUGGAGAAUAAAGGAGAUCUGUCCUUUUUUCACAAAAAGAAGAAGGAGUCUUCUGGUUGGCAGGGGAAAUCAGUGAAGCCAAAGGGACUAGCACGCACCACAAAGAAGGAGCAGAAUCAGCAGAAUAAGAAGAGUCCCAAGAGCGAGAAGACAGCCAAGCAGCUGCUGGGGGAACUCUACAGUGACAAGGAAUACCUUGAGAAGCUGCUUAAAGAUGAAGAUCUAAUCAAGGGAGAGAUGCGUAGCGGAGAAAAGGUCCAGGACCUCAUCCUCAACUGCAUCAGUUACCUGGACACUCGCACAGAGUUUUGGCGGCAGCAGAAACCGGUUUAUGCUCGAGAGAGGGACCGCAAGCUUAUGCAGCAGAAGUGGAAAAGGGCAGAGCAGAGCCUGCCUUCGGACCCAACGGGCUAUGUGCUGAAGAGUCUGGAAGAGAUUGAUGCCACUAUGGCUGCCGGCAAUGUCACAGAGAGCCUUAAGAAGGCACAGCGGGUCCUGAAGACAGUGGAGCGCUGGUCAGAGGAAACUGUACCCAACAAGAAGGAGGUGCUGGGAAACCUGCACAGCUGCAUUGGAAAUGCUCUGAUUGAUCUGGAGGACAUGGAUGGAGCUCUAGAAAGCCACAAAAAAGAUCUGGACUUGUCCAGACAGAACAAUCUUACAGAUGCAAAGUCGAGGGCUCUGGACAACAUUGGACGAGUUUACGCCCGGAUUGGGAAAUACAUGCAAGCAAUUGAGGCCUGGGAAGAAAAGAUCCCUUUGGUCUGUAGUAGUUUGGAGAAGACCUGGCUGUUCCAUGAGAUUGGCCGCUGCUACCUGGAGCUGGAAUGCUUUGAGGAGGCCCGGGACUAUGGUUCGCGCUCGCUGGAAGCCGCUAAUGAGACGGGUGAUGAGAAGUGGCAGCUGAAUGCCAGCGUGUUGGUGGCUCAGUCAGAGGUUAAGCUGGGAAACCACAACUCCGGUGUGGAGCACUUUGAGAGAGCCUUGGAGUGGGCCAAACUUCUACGUGACAACCCUGCCAAGGAAGCCAUUCAGAAGGCGCUUUCAGAAGCGAGGCAAUACCUGACAGAGGAGUCAACAUAGAUGCUUGCCAUGAGGUGUCAGGUCAUUGUGUGACAGAAGAGUCAAUGCUGGCUUCCUGCUGUUUCCUGCUUUUAUGUACAGAAUGUGUUUUUCUUUCAUGGCUCAUCUUGCCUGUGUAUAUGGGCCUUCUAAUGGGUAUUAGGAUGUCUAUUAAAAAUAAAAACAUUAUGUUCUCUA